AUAUCAGUUGGAAUAAUUUUUUAAGACGCUAAAUUUUAUUCAUAGAUCCGACUUUUCAUGACAUCUACAGAAGUGGCAGUUCCGCACCAAGAAAAUCUUACUGACUAAAAUUAAAAUCGUUUGCAAAAAAUCAUGUACCUUUGAUAACAAUUUUGAAGUCAAUGUAGGUGACCUCUUAGAACGGCCAACCUCCAUCAACGACCAUUUUACUGUGGAACGAAAAGGGGUCACUCCCGAAAAGUUUCACUGUAUAACAGUUAUGAAAUCUUUAUCAAGUUUCUUUUUACGCCAAUCUGGCGCAUAAGGCUUUAAGUCUCUUCCACCAUCACUUGCUGUCCAUAGCACCUCCAUAGCCAAGCUUGAGCAAGACCAUCCAAGCACAUCUCUUUCUCCCAAUAUCACUCAUCGCCAUAUUAGUUUCGGUCUUCCACUCUUCCUUCUGGUGAAAGUAAUGAAAUAGAUACGGAAAAAUAAAUUUACAUUUUUAACAGACCAACUUCUUAGGGAAUUUUCAUAUUACCUUAUUUGAAUUAAAAUAUUGUUUAUAAUUAGUAUAACUGAUAUAUACUCUUUUAAAGAUUAUUUCUUUUAUUUAUAGCAUUGCUUCAUUAUUUUUUUCUUUUUCAGUUAUUACACUUCAAACUGGAUGCUCAGAACUGGCAACUAUUGAGGCAAAAAGUGACGAAUUGUUAAUAGGAGUUGAAAUAAAAUCUGUCAGUGAUGAUCUUUCUGAACUUAUGUCCGAUGACGACAUUGAUGAGAAAAGUAAUUUCAGUUCUUCAUUACGGAUGUCAACAAGACCUAGGAAAUUUAGAUGUAAUGUUUGUUCAAGAAAGUUUGAAGCUAGAUGUCAUUUGAUUACUCAUAUGCGAACUCAUACCGGAGAGAAACCAUACGUUUGCUAUGUAUGCGGCAAGAGAAGUGCCCGAUUAUAUGAUCUAAAAACUCACAUAAUUACGCAUUCUGGAAAAAAACGAUACCCAUGUAAUGAAUGUCCUAGUUCCUUUAACCAUAAAAAUGAUUUUGUUAGGCAUUAUAAGUUGAAUCAUCAAACGGCAGAAUCAGAAGGCAGUGCCGAAUCCAAAAUUCGAACAUGUGACAUUUGCCAAGAAACUUUUCCUGACAAAAAGUCUUUGACUAUUCAUAAAAUUGUGCACGAGGCACAGAAAUCCUUCCCUUGUGAUGUUUGUGGUAAGGAAUUUAUGAGACAUUAUGAUUUAAAGGUGCACAUGCGCAUACACACGGGUGAAAAACCGUAUGUUUGCACUAUGUGCGGAGCUAGUUUUAGACAGCAUAGCAAUUACAGUCGACAUCUUAGACUGCGUCAUGGACAGGAAGAAUGAAAUAUGCAUAAAAAAGUUAAGUAACACAUUAGCUAAUGUUAAGUUAAAAACUGUGUUUUAAUAUUCUAUGUAGGAUUAGUUUUCGAUAGCGAGCAAUUAUUGUCGACUACUUAGACUGGGUCAUAGACAGGAAUAGAAUAGAAUAUGCUUAAAAAAAAGUUUAUUUUUUAAUUUUAAAAGUUGACCAGUUAACUUUAUACGCUUUUUAAUAUUUUAAAAUAUAUCUGUUAGUAUAAAAGUAAAUUUGUUUUUUACAAUACAUGUUUAUUCAUAAAUCUCCCUGGAGUUACAAGUUAUAGUGAAAAAAUAAAGACAAAUGUGGUAAAAAUGGACAAUUAUGCCCUUACAGGUGUUUCUUGGUCACACUGCGUACAUUGUGAUACUUCCUUACAGUCUAUUUAACUAUCAACGGUAUUGACAGCACUUAUGAUCUUUUCGCCUACAGUUCUUCUAAAUAAUAAUUAAGUUGAUAAGAAAACAUAAUCUUUUACAUAGCCCCACAAAAAAUAAUAACAAAUACUUGUGAAAAUAUUACAUAUGCUUUGACAUAUGUAAUAUUUUCUUUGUGUACAUGUCAUAAUCAGGGAGUAACUGAACUACUGUAUUAAUGUAUGUCCAAAGGUUCCCUCGUAGAAUACCUGAAAGAGCUGUAAAUAAAACUUAAAUUGUCAUUUAUUAUUUAGGGCUACUGAAACAAUUCAGAGCAAUUGAUUGAUUAUUUAGUAAAACUUGAUCAUUUAGUGCAAGAUUUGUAUUUGUCUCGAUUUUUUUUAUUUUAGUCUCAAAAAUCCAUUGGAACUUACAAAUAGACCUUGUUCCUAAAUUAGUUGCAUGUUUUUUCUUUAUUAGCCAUAGCUUUUUACUUUUAAAAAUACUGAAGAGACUAUCAGGAAACCCUGCAUUAUAAUUGGAAGUUUUCUGCCUCCAAAAUUUUAUCAGGGGCAUAAAGUAUGAGAUUUUCUGUGGUUUUUUUUUUUAGAUUUUUUUUUUCUAUUCUUGUUACCAAUAUUCUUGAAAAGUAAUAUCGACUAAUAUAAUGUAAAGCAAUUUAUAUUUGAAUCAAUCUAAAUAAUUAUAUUAGCAAUUGUAUUUUUAUAUAUGUGCAUAUCUGUUUUUCUAAGAUUGAAUUCAUUAUCUCUGGGCAUCAGAAGACAUGCGUUGUAAAAUGACAUGAUUUAUAUUUUGUGAACUUGUGUUUAAUGCCUGGAAUAAAUAAAUCGUAACAAUUAUAUUAGA